UCACAUAGUACAUGCGUGACUCUUUUGAUUUGGCAAUAUUGUCCUUGGGUGGGAGAAAACCGAGUCGUUGGCCUGAAGCCGUCUGGCGGCCUGUUUUACGCACCGUUGUUCCGCCGCUCUGUUUGGCGAACUUUGACGACAAGUUGACCCCCCGUAGAGUUGACCAAAUGGACCAGCGCUCGGACACUGGAGUGAUCGAUAAGAGCAUAGACCUGAUAUAUCGUUGCUGGAAUUUUGGAUCUGCGUUUGGAGGAGAAGAAUCUGCCUUCCGACACAUGCGGGCAAGGACCAGCAGCCAAGUCCGGGAUUUCGUAGACGAGGUCGGCAUCUCAAACCAAUUUCCGGCCUUGAACGAGGGGAACUUAGGCGUGAUCACCCUCGUACUGUGCAGACGACCUGCUUGCUUGCUGCAGCUGUACAAAAAGCACGAGCAAAGGGCUAGCAAGGACCGGAGUAAAGACCGGCGAGCGCGCAAGGCAGUUCGGACGCCUCACCAUGCCAAGGGUUGGGUUGGUGCUCCUGAACCUCAAACGCACCUGAAGCGAUGCGUUUUGGACAUGUGCGGUGGGCCCACGGACGCCGUCGCGACCCGUCUUCGAUUCACGUGCGAAGUUCUCACCAACGACGUGAGCUCGGGGUAA